AUGGUCAAUGGUCUUGUAAAUUUAGCGUCAGCUGGAAAAGGAUAUAUCAAGCAGUCCGGAUGGCAGUCUUUAUUGCUUGAAUUGAUCAGCCAAAUGAUUUCACCGAUGAAGCAGUUAACGGCUGGAACCGUCCGUCUUCCUGGUAUAUCGACGAAGAGCACCAUGAAAAGCAGUAAGAGUAGCAGAAACAGCAUACGUCUUACUCAGCGGGAAAAUUUAGAUUUAUUAUGCAAGCCGAAAUUAUAG